CAGGCCCACCCUGGUCCGGAAAGCCCUGGCCCGGCGGCGGCGGCGAGGACAAGCUCAGGCCUUCCCAGGCCGCCCCCCUCGCGCUCCCCACCUCCCGCGGCGGAGCCCAGUGACCCACCGGCCGCUGGAAAGCCCCAGAGGGGUCCCUGGGCCCAGCCGGCUGCCAGGAAACCGCGGGCGGAAGCCGCUCCUCCCCCGUCCUCCCCGCCUCCCGCCCGGCCGCGGUCCUCGCCCCCGCCCUGCGCCGCACUCUCGCCCGCACUCUCGCCGCGGGCCCGAGGACAGCAGAGGUGUCCCUGGCCAUGGGGAUGACAGAGGGUGGUGAGCUGGCCCCGGAGGCCCCACAGCUCACCCACAUCGACGUGCACAUCCACCAGGAGUCGGCCCUGGUCAAGUCCCUGCUGAGCGGAUGCUCCUGGCUGCAGCCCCCAGCUGGCAAAGCCCCAGGUAGCAGCCGGCUGCUGGUGGCCUCAUGGGUGGUGCAGAUCGUGCUGGGGGUCUUGAGUGGGGUCCUGGGAGGAUUCCUCUAUAUCUGCAACUACUCCCUCCUGCUCUGCUCCGGAGCUGCCAUCUGGGCAGGCGCUGUGGCUGUGCUGGCUGGAGCUGUCGCCUUCAUUUAUGAGAAACAUGGUGGCAUCUGCUGGGCCCUGCUGAGGACCCUGCUGGCACUGGCAGCUUUCUCCACAGCCAUUGCUGCUAUUGUAUUUGGGACCAAUAGUUUCCAGUAUGGCUAUGGUUAUGGAGACUAUAUCUGCAACUGUGACUCCCGGUCAGGGCGCUGGUACACCCCACCCCCCAGCACCCAGAGUCCAGAAGAAGUCAGACGGCUACACCUGUGCACCUCCUACAUGAACAUGCUGCAGGCCCUAUUCACAGGCCUUCAGGCCAUGCUCUUGGGUGUCUGGGUUCUGCUGCUUCUGGCAUCCCUGGUCCCCCUGUGGCUGUACUGCUGGAGAAGACUCCCAUGUAAGGAGGAAAGAGACAAGAAGAAGCUGCAGGAAGUGAGUGGCAGCUAGCCCUGCCGCUGCUGAUCCUCGCGCCCGGCGCCCCUUCUGCAGUGACAGCCCUGCCUCUGACUCCUGGAAGAAGAACCAGACUGGGAAGGAGGCUCUUCAGUCGCCCCAGUCUCCGCUGCAGCCACAGCCACUGCCCUGCUCCACCUGCUGUCAUAGCAGCCCUUGCCCAUUUCCUGCUCACUCAUCACUCUGCUCUGCUGCGGUCCCCUCCUGAGCAGUAAUUUGAUAAUAAACUCUCACGCUGUUCACA